AUGCGUGGGCGGGCCUCUCCAAUUGCACGCGCGGUGUGCGUUGCUUUGGCCACUUUAUGGAGUCUACCAGCACUUUCCUCCCGCUCCUUUGUUGGUUUGAAGCGCGAGCGCUCGUGGAAGACGAGGUGUCGAAAUGGACCUGAGCCAGAGGAACGAUCCCUGAUCAACCCCACUCUGGGCCUUGCCGGGGUGGGCGCACUUCUGGGCCCUUGGGUGGAUGCGAUCCACAACCAGGCGCUGCUUUCCUACGACCUGCUGCCAGUGUCGGUGGCACUGCCGCUGGGCGUGGCCAGGAGCUCCUUGCUGGUGCCACCGCUGCUGGCGCUGGCCUACGCCCUGCUUGGCGCCGUGCUGCCGUCGGCCCUGGCUGCAUUGGUGCCGCGGAAGCCGCGGGAGCCGCGGGAGCCGCGGAAGCCGCUUGUUCCGCUUCCCCCGCUGCCACGGGCGCUGCUGGCGGUAGCUUCCACUUGUUUCAUCAUCAAAAGCAGCGAGCUGCUGAGUCACUUCGAUUCCUACUUGGCGUGGCCAGUGCUCGCAUCUUUGGCGCUGCUGCAGUGGGCGUGCCUCGAUGGGCGCCUCUCCUCUCUGUUUCUGGCGCUUCUGGCGGGACUUUGCGGGCCUUUGGCAGAGCUGCCGGUGAUGUGGCUCGGAGCGUGGCACUACACAGCUCCGGACUACUGGCCCCUGGCUGUCCUUGGUUUCGGCCCAGGCGUGCCUUGGGCCGGCCUGUCUAUCCUCACUGGGCCCUGUUAUUUCGCCGUCACCACCGACGCCAUUGCGCUGGGCCGGCUCUUUGCGCGCCUUUAG